AUGCCGAAAGGAGAAGGUAAAAAGACCUCCAAACAGACCACCCCAGACGUUGCUACAAAUGGGGUAGGGCAUGAUAUCGUCCCCUCCAACUGGCAGCCUCGAUCGCAUCCCAGUGACGCCCUCACAGGUGUGCUGGAUCUGGAGGACGCGUACAUCAAGGGAGGAAAACUGCAUCUGACCUCGGGAACCACAUAUGCUCCAGGCGACCAUUGUUACAUUGUUUCUGAGCCUCCUGGUGAGCCUUACUACAUUGGUCGUAUUAUGGACUUUGUCAUCAACGAGGAGAACCCUACAGUCACAGAUGGCAACACCGACAAGCAUUGGAGCACCUUGAAUCCCCGACAAAAAUACCCUGCAUCACAAUUUCUGUUCCAGGUCAACUGGUUCUACCGACCCAAGGAUAUUUCCAAGCAUGUUGCUGAUAGUCGUCUUCUAUACGCCACCAUGCACUCUGACAUUUGUUCUCUACAGAGCAUGCGGGGCAAGUGCAUUGUCACCCACAGAACAGACAUUAUCGACAUUGAGGAUUACCGUACAAAGCCCAACCAUUUCUACUUCACACAAUUUUACGACCGGUACAUUCUGCGGUUCUACGAAAUUGUGCCCACCCAUACCAUGGUCAACAUCCCCAAGGAAGUAUCCCAGGUCCUAUGCGAGCGGUUCAAAUACGCCAUUAUGGAGAUCAACCGAAAGCAGGAGUUUUGUGAGCCUCCUAAGGAGUGUGUUACCUGCUCCAACUGGAGUUCGCCGGACGACUCUGUGGAGUGUGCUCAUUGCAGAACCAACUUCCACAUGAUGUGUGUUACUCCGCCGUUGUUCAAGAAGCCCACCCGAGGUUUUGGAUGGUCGUGUGCUGCCUGCAAUCGAAAAGUAGAGAAGCGUCUCAAAGAGGCCAAGGGCGAGUUUUUCGACGAUGUCAUUCCUGAAGUUACAGAGGUUGCAGCGGAGGUCAUGCCUGAAACGAGCCCAUCAAUGUCUCGUUCCACAUCUCCCGAUAAGCACAGAAGCAGGUAUGAAGAGCUGGCUGAGGCGUUCGGAAAGGACAAUUCAUUAUCGGAUGAGCAGAAGCAUCAACUUCAGCUGUGGCCGUUCCGAUAUCUCGGUGUCUAUGCCAAAAUUGAGGACGUUCUCGAUGUUGAUGAUCGAAUCUAUCCUCGAGCCGUGUCUCGUCUCGGUCCCAAGCAUCAGGCUGUAGUCGAUAACUGGCCUGGCCAGCCAGUGGAGUACGUUGGUCCAUUCCGAGAUGCUCCUGUCAAGAAGCGUGGUAAGAAAAAGAAUGAUGAUGGCUUCAACUUUGACCCUGAGAAGCCCUGGAUUCAAGAUCGGCCAAUCGGAUACAUUGACCGAGGAGGGGACGAUACCGUCAAACUUAUGUGGGACUGUGAGGCCGGUGCUCGGGCUGAAGAGAAGAAUCCAAUGCUCAUUGAGAACUUCCUUGAGUCGUGUGCCCCUCACGCGAAGAAGCUGGGUGUUCGACAUGACACACCAAACUACUUUGACUUGUGUCUCAAGGCCCUGAUGGAUGCUGACUUUGACCCUGCUGUUGCUCUUAAGGCAGUCAACAAGCUUACUGUCAAGAGCAUUGAUGAGCCCGUGUUCAGCGCUGAAGACAAGCGUCGGUUUGAAGAGGGAGUGUCAAAGUACGGAAGUGAGUUACAUCCUGUCACGCUGGAGAUUGGUACACAGACCCCUGGCCACGUUGUUCGGUACUACUACAACUGGAAGAAGUCUCCCAGUGGUCGUAAGAUCUGGGGCAAUUAUCCGGGCCGAAAGCACAAGAAGGGAGGGGCUGCAGAGGAGGAGAAAAAGAAGAAGCCCAAGGUUGAUAUCGGCGACGACAGUGAUGGAAGUGCAUAUGAUGUCAACAAGGCUGUUCGUCAGAAGAAGUCAUUUGAGUGCAAGCAUUGUCUCACCACCAAUUCUCCUUGUUGGAAACGUGCCCCUGGAGGUGGAGAUGACGAAGGCAAUCAGGUUCAGGCUUUGUGUCAGCGAUGUGCCAGACUGUGGAGACGUUAUGCUGUUAUCUGGGAGGAUUCUGAUGAUAUCAACCGCAAGCUCAUUGCUCGAGGAGGCAAGUUGUGGGCAAAGAAGGUUGAGGCUGAGCUUCUGGACGACACACGAGGCAUUUUCGAGGAGCGUGCACGAAGCUGCUCCAAGAAGGGUGGCCGCAAGAAGUCCACUGGAACUGCAGCUACGUCUGCUACUCCUGUGCCUAUUCCUCACAUUCCCACUGCCCGUGAGGCCGCUGCUGCUGCUGCACGAGAAGAGAAGCAGCGCAUGGAAGAGGAGCGCAAGGCCGAAGAGGAGCGAGAACGCAAGGCACGAGCCGAGGCCCGGGAACGAGAAAAGGAUCGUAAAGAGAAGGAGGAUCGCGAGCGACGAGACAAAGAACGUAAGGAAAAGGAAAAGCGAGACAAGGAGCGAAAGGAACGGGAAAAGAAAGCCAAAGAUGAAAAGAUCAAGAAGGAGGAUCGAGAGUCGAAGAAGCGAUCUUGGGAGACCGAGGAGCAGGCCAGAAAGAAGGUCAAGCCUGCCUCUGCCUCCACGACUCUGAGUGCAAACCUGCCCACCGAGUCUUACAGACAGAGGGAACGCCCUGGCCAUGUGUUUAAGGGUGACAAGACCCCUCCUCCUCCCCGAAAGUUUCCUUUUCGAAAAGUUCUGAAGGAUGCAUGCAACGUCUGUGGUGUUUCCAAUGAGCGUAUGAUUCUCAGUUGCUCGGGGUGUCAGAUGUGUGUUCAUCGAGAGUGUUAUGGUGUUACUGCCGAGGAGCCCCAGUUGAUGUCUGGAGGAUGGUACUGCGAUCUAUGUACCAAUGAUGCUAAGCCUAAUGUCAACACGCACUACCAGUGUGUUCUGUGUCCUAUCAGGGACAAUGACAACGAGCCCAAUGGUAAGCAGUACCCUCCCGACCCUCUCAAGCGAACUGAGCACAACCACUGGGCUCAUAUCCGAUGCAGUGUUUGGAACAACAAACUCAUUUUUGGUACCCCCAACCUGGAGCCUGUUCUUGGUCUUGCUCAAGAUGUGCGACACAGUGGAACUGGCAUCUGUUUCAUCUGUAAGACGGGGGUGGGUGUCUGCAUCAACUGCCGAUGUUGCGGUAUGGAGUACCAUGCAGGAUGUGCUCACAGACACAACUAUGUGUUUGGAUUCGAGCUGCUUCCUGAGAGUGAGGUUCGACCCGGUUACCCCCUGGUGGAGUUCAAUGGUAAAAGAGGUGGUAUGUGUGCUACUACCUAUUGUUAUUGGCAUGCUCCUCAGUCGGUGAUUCUGCCUGCUGAAACGGAUCAGAAGCUUGGGAAGACAGCAUUGCAACUCUUCAUCGAGAAGUACAAGAUUGACCCUCAGUGGAAAAAGUGUGCCAGCGAUGCCUCACUUGCAAUGCAGCUAAUCUACGACGUUAACCACGACCCUCGACCUCCCCCAGACGUACCGGAGCUCAACAAAAAGUGCCACAAGUGCAGCGUUGGGGUUUCGCCUUUCUGGCGAAAGACCGAUGAAGGUGACAUCUGUCAUAGCUGUUUCCAUGGCAACAAAAUUGAGCAUCAGGAUCUCAACAUUGGUCUGCCUGAGUUUUCCCAGCCCAUGCGCAAGUUGAUGCAUUUAGAUAUUCUGUAUCGAACCGAGCAGUCGUACAGGAAUGCCCGAGAUACUCAACAUCUCAAUCAUGCAACUGCCCCACUCCCCCUUCCCCAGAUUCAUCCAGCUCUUGAGUCCUACGGCGGCGAUCCCAUGAGCAUCAGAGCGCGAGCUGAAACCUCCUCUAUUUAG